AUGGAAGGGCGUGAGUGGCUUCAAAUUGAUACAGAAGUACCGUCAAAUGUCUAUACACUAGAUCUGCAUAAAUUGAGUGAGUGGGCGCGCAUUUCCGAGUCAGAACUUGUACGUGGUUUGCAGUUGAAAGAUGCUGUGGAUAUGCAAGGUGUUGUCGUGAAUAGAGGCCAAGAAGUACCUUUUGAAGCGGUGGGAAAAACACGAGAUGAUGAAGAAGAUGUUGAAGAUCGAUUUACUCGUCUUUUGCCCCCUGGAGCAUCGGAUUCUGGUGUGAAACAGGUUUUACUUACUGCAGCUUCAAGUACAAUGUGUUUAGACGGUUCAGACACUCCCAAGUGCCUCAUCAUGCUCGGAGAAUACACACUUAUGGAGCAUAUUUUAGCUCAAUUAUUUGUAGCGGGAAUGGAGAGAGUUGUCAUUAUUAUCUCGUACUUUGGACACGAGAUCAUGGAACAUGUGAAACAGAGUUUUCUAUACUCAAAGCUUCAGAUUGAGUUCUUGAAUCUAGGAGAAGAGACGUUUUAUGGUCAUGCACGGACCUUAUUAUCUGCUAGAGAAUUGUUUACAAAACCCUUUUUGAUUCACACAGCAGACCAUAUCUUUGAUCGAGCGAUUAUUAGUCGCAUGGCACAUUUUGAACUGGAAGGAUGCGUUGCGUGCGUGCUCGUGGAUGCUGAUAGAGAUAAGAUAAAGGGUUUGCCAAUGACGGCAGGUAAAGUGCUACUGGACUCGACGAACGAGACAAUUUGUAAGAUUGGACGUGGACUGAAGCAAUUUGAUGCUAUUGAUGCGGGUCUAUUCUUGACAACGAGGAGACUAUUUGCAGCACUGGAGAUGUUGGCCUAUGAGAAGCCAAAAUAUUCGCUAGCAGAAGCACUGAAUGUACUGCGUCCGAGUUAUGGAUUAAAAUAUAUGGAGACGGGCGGGGAUGCCUGGCUGAGUGUAGAGACUCAAGCGCAAUUGGAUGCAAUUGUGGCCAGUAAUAGCAUUGCGUUGCUGUCGCCGUGGCCGGUGUUUGUCGCCAAGGAGCCAACACAAAGGGCACCAUCGCCAACUGCUGCUGGUGGGAGGAGCGUGUUUCUGGCUGUUUCAGCUGCUUCUGAUGACUCAAUGCUGCGCGCGGUUGACGCGCAUGUUCGCCAAUCAGCCGAUGUGUUUGAAGGGUUUGUAGUUGGCGUGAACCAGCUGCAAGAAGUAGAUAGUGCUACUACCACUGCGCGUACUGCAGCAUCAGUUCAAGCACGCGAAAACACACCACUACUUGGUCUUUCGGCAAGAUCACCCUCACGGCGCAAUCGUGAAGGGAUAAAUGUACCUUUGGCAGUUCGACGCAAGCGGUCUUCAUUCUUGGAACAAGCGGAAGAUUCUUUUGUGUUAUCCAUACCAUUUGAGAAAUCACCCAUCGUUAGUGUUGAUACUAGCAACCCAUACGAUGAGACUGAAGGACCAUCAGCUAUGAAGCGGAUCGCUUAUCUGAUUGAGCUUCCACAGGUCACGGCGACUGGAGGUGGGCGUAGUGCAGUACAGGGAACAUCGCAGCAGUUUGUGCUGGCUGUGCCCGAUAGUGACACAUUGUACAAGCGCCCCGGGCUAUUACGCCAGUUGUCGUCACUGCCGACUGAUGUCAAAGGCAUUGCUGUGGAAACAAUUGAGUUUCGCAAUGGCACAAUGGAACUGCAGUUGCUUAUCACACGCCAAGUGCCUUUCAUUGGUUACGUGCUGCUAUUUGCAUCGCUGUUCACGAUUUCGUCUUUGGGAGCGGCAUUGGACCGGCAGCGUAAUGUGGAUCCUUUCAUGAAACUGUUCUGGCGCACAAGCGCGUCCCUGAUUGUAUUUAUUCCGCUUGCUGGAGGUGCACUGUACGACCGAGGCUUACCGCAAUUCUCGACGCGGAAUAUGAUCCUCUUCUUGACGUGCUCGCUCUCGUACACAGUCUUCCUCAUGACAUUCCUAUGGUCGCUGUCGCACACAUCCAUGGAUCACGCUUACAUAUUUAAUAACUGCCACUCGCUACUGAUGCUCGUAGGGCGCCUGCUGCUUGGGCAAUACGUAUCGCAAUUCGAGGGUCUGGGAACUGCUAUUGGUACUAUCGGCGGAGCACUCACGACUUUGGAUUAUCAACCAUCGUCUUCAAUGGGAGUUGAAAUGGUACCAGUAUCAUUGGCUGGUGACCUCGUUGCACUUGUAGGUGCCAUUGGAGGUGCUUUGUACCUCAUUACCGCCAAGAAACUACGUACUGAGAUGGACAUCAGCAUUUUAUUUGUUGGCAUGUUCGUAUUAUUUGCGCUGCUGAUAUUCCCAGUAUUUUCACUACUUGACAUUCCAUUCGAGGCGUCUCGAGAUCCUAACAUUGGCCUCUUCGGUUGGCUGCACCCGUCGCGUGCAGCAUCAGAAGCUUAUAUUGUGCUCGUGUGCACGCUUGUCGGUACGCUAGGCUACAUUGCUGCUAUCAAGUAUUUUGCUCCCAUUGUCGUGUCGGUCGUGAUGCUCCUGGAGCCCGUGGUGGCUACUUUUAUGGGUGUGGCAGUUGGUGUUGAUGGAUACUUGGGUGUGCUCACAGUUGUUGGCUCAUCGCUGAUCAUCUUUGGUGUGGCUCUUGUGAUCGUGUCCAAUUCAUCCAAGACCCAGACGAUCGAUGCAACGCCGGCCAUGUCAUUAACAUCAACGGCUGUGCCCCAAGGUCUCAGUUUUACCACCACUAGCGGUCUGGAAUUGCCACAACCAACCAACCAGACGACAAAUGUGAGAUACACUUGA